GCUACGUAAGUAUCCAGGAUAUGGUUUGCCAGAGAUCAACUAACCGACUGCUCCUAUCCCAUCCAAUACAGGUGCUCGUCGCCUCCGCCGUCCUGGCCUGCGCCUAUGCCGCCGCUUCCUACAACACCGAUGCCUCCGCAUAUGUGGUGAAGAACAGCGCUGACAUCCAGCCUGAGGGACAGUACCAGUACCAGUACGAGACCAGCAACGGCAUCGCCGCCCAGGAGUCUGGACUUGGAGGCCACCAGGCCUCGGGUGGAUACUCCUACUAUUCGCCGGAGGGACAGCUUGUUCAGAUCUCCUAUCUGGCCGAUGAGAACGGUUUCCAGCCCCAGGGUGAUCUCCUGCCCACUCCCCCACCAAUCCCAAUUGCCAUCCUGAAGUCCCUCGAGUACAUCCGCACUCACCCUCAGUACCAGGAGCCACAGCAGCAGUACCGGCAGGUGCAGCAGCAGCAGUACCGCAGCCCCGCUCGUGUCCAGAACAAGCGCGUCUACGGUUAAGCAGCGACAAGCAUUAUGCAAAUGUUUUAAAAAAGCUUUAUUACACUUUUUAAAUGAAUAAAUAUUAUUGAGGAGAAAAC